AUGGCGAACCCGCGAAAGUUUAGCGAGAAGAUAGCCAUGCACGCUCAGAAGCAGGCGGAAGGAACUGCCGCCUUCGAGGCCAUCCUCAAAGAAGUUUCCGCUACAACCAGGGGAGUUCUGGCAAAGAAAAGCCUCUCAAACCAAACUCUGACAACCCCAGUAACUCCACCAUACAUACCUCCCAAAAAGGCACUAUCCAGUUUGGAGAACAUGAAACACGAAGCGAUGGGUCGAGCUUCGUCUAGUGGAGGCAGCAGAUGCGUCGAGAAGAUCAUUCAGAGAGGACAGGCUGAGAGAAGUAGUAGUCAACCCAGGAAGCACUUCUCACUGACCAGACAUGGAUAUCUUACUAACUACUAUUAUCACUUGAAAAUCCUUGAACACAAUGCAAACAUUACUCAUAUAGCAUAG